AUGUUGAUCAGCAAGAUCGUCUGGGCUACCAGCCUCGCCCUCGGGGUGAAGGCAUCCCUUGACCACUGCGAUGGUCCUCGCAGAGAUGAGCAUUGCCCCCCUGACACUGCUUUCGCCGAGGCCAGGUCCUUCAACUUUGCUACCACCUCCCUCGAGGACGCCAGACGCCUCUGGUCCGUCGACGACACCGACCAGCACGGUGACGAGAAAGGCAUCGCCGCUCUGGGUAGAGACGACAAGGGUAUCCUUCUCGCCAUCAAGAAGCAGGGCGAGGGCACCGCCCUCUCGAGCAACAGGUAUCUCCUCUUUGGCAAGACGACGGUCGAAGUCCAGGGUGCCCCAGGCCCAGGUCUCAUCACGGCCAUUGGACUCAGGUCCGACACGGGCAAUCGGAUUCUCUGGGAAAUCCUCGGCGCCAAUGACCACCAAGUCCAGACCAACUACUUCUAUGACGAUGAGCCAGUCUACAACACAUACAAUUACACGUACCCCACCCAGCUCCCCGUGACUGACCAGUUCCACAACUACACCAUCCAGUGGACCGACAAGACGCUCGCCUUCUCCAUCGACGGCGAGCACCGCAAGACCAUGACCCUCGACGAGGACCUGUCUGCUGAGAUCUGGCCCCAGGUCCCCAUGCACAUCUUCCUCCGCAUCUGGACCGUCAACGGUAACGAUGACCCCGGUCGCGUCGCCUGGGCCGGCGGUCUGCCUCAGUGGGGGCACUCCCCCUUUGCCGCCUACGUCCGCCGCGUCGAGAUUGAAGACUACGCGGGCUACUGCAAAACCAUCCACAACGGGCCGGUGACGUAUGACUACGACGCCAACCUCACAGGAUGGGAGGACAUCCAUGUUCAGGGCUGUCAGGAGACGUCGUCUCUGGAUGGUACCCACGAGAACCACGUCCCCACCAAGAAUGUGACUGACUUCCUUGUCCCGACCAAGACCUCCGGCGACGGUUCGCACUCUUCCCUUCCCAGCAGCACUAACGGGUCUGCGCCCCCCAAGUCUGAUGACAAUGAGGAUGGCGUCGUUCAGAUCGGACCAGGCCGUAGCCGGUCUUACCUUGUCACUCUGGCCAUAUGUCUCGCCUUUAUGCUGUGA